UAAAUAGAAAAAAAUUGAGAAAAAAAUUAAAAAUUCUAAUUUUAAAGUUAAUUAUAGUGUUUGUGAAUAAUCUGACGACUGGAUUUACCACGAAUUUAGCACGUUUUAGAACGAAAAGUUGCUUCAGUCAUAACAUGAGCAGAAGCUGCAAAUUCAAUGAUACUGUCUAAAGAGAAGAAUUCAAGAGUUAAUAUAAACAUUAAAAUUAGUAAAAUUCUUCAUUAAUCACUGCACAACAACUUGUUUGUCAUUUAAUUAUGACUUACGACACCCGAUCAUCAGGUGUAAGAUCAACCACGACGGACGCAUCAUCAGAGAGUCAACAACAAGCAAAUCAGCAGCAGUCUGAAGCGACAACAUCCGAACAGAAUGAAUUAUCACCCGAAGAUCUAAUUGCAAGUUUUCCUGUCGCCAAGCUUCACUCUCUUAAUAGUAAGAUCAAUAGUCCACGAUGGGUUGUUCCAGUAUUGCCAGAUCAAGAGUUGGAAUGUCUGUUGAAUUAUGCGAUCAAGUUGUCUCAGGCAGGCGUAGAUUAUGAAUGUGAACCGUGUGUGCGUUUUUAUCGAGAUGGAUUGACUGUGUCAUUUACCAAGAUAUUAACGGAUGAUGCUGUUAGUUCCUGGAAGUUAAACAUUCACAAUAAUAUAUUGAUGCUUUGUGGAAAAUUGUUACAUUUGUGUGCACUUCAUAUGAAAAUUGAUAAUCCAUGUCUUUUGGACUUGUUGGCGAUUGUUUUAGAUGCAGAAAAUAAAUUUCAUACUCACAAUGCUGCUCGACAAUCUGAAUUGUUUUCAGUCCAAGGAGCGUCUGUCGAGGGAUUAUGGGGAACAUUGCUAGAUAAUCAAACAUUUGCAAAAUCUCCAAUAGAACCUCGUCAAGCACGCGGAUGGCUGGUGGAUUUAAUUAAUCGAUUUGGACAAUUUGGUGGUUUUGACAAUUUCCUAGAGCGAUUUAAUUCUGGAAUAGCACUAAUGAUUAAGAAUAAAUCACCGUCAACAACAGAAGAACUUGCUGAUAUUCCUCAAACAUCUUCAGGAUGUACAUCGUCAUUAAGCUUAAGCGAAGAGGCAUCAAAAAUGAAGACAUCAACAAUAUCGUCGAGUGGAACAAAUAGCACAAGUACGAGUUUAUUGUUGGAAGAAAAUAGUAAAUUAACAUUACCCGUAAUUCAUUUGCUGUUACGUCCUUUCGCUCAAUGUCAUGAACUUCUCACGCAAAAAACAAUAGAGAAAUAUUUCCAGCCAAUUUGGGAACCGCUCAUAGAAAUUCUUGAUAAUUUAAGUGACGACGAAUUGAAGCGUGAUGCGAAAUUGGAAGGCAAGAAUGAUUUAGUCAAUGGUAUUAUUAAGUCGUCUCGUUUACUCAUGAGUCAUUCUCCGAAUGCUGAAAAUUUAAUUAAAGACUUGGAAAUGUGUCGCCUUAAAAUCAUCUUGAGAGUCUUACAAAUAUCUAGUUUUAAUGGCAAAAUGAAUGCACUCAACGAGAUAAAUAAGCUCUUGAGUUAUGUGUGCUAUUAUCCUCAUCGACAACAAUCUGAUGACGAAGUUGACACCUUGACUGCAGAAAAGAUGGCAAAAUGGAUAAAAGAGACGGAUGUUUUAGGGAUUGUAUUAAAGGACUCACUCCAUCAGCCUCAAUACGUUGAGAAACUCGAAAAAAUCCUAAGGUUUCUGAUUAAGGAAAAAACUCUCACGUUAGAUGAUCUCGCUGCUGUUUGGCGCUCACAAGCUGGAAAGCAUGAAGCCAUCGUUAAGAAUGUGCACGAUUUAUUAGCAAAACUUGCAUGGGAUUUCAAUGCUGAACAACUCGACUAUUUAUUUGAAUGCUUUCAGACGAGCAUGAAAACAGCCAACAAGAAGCAACGCGAGAGACUUUUAGAACUGAAUAGACGAUUAGCUGAGGAUGACAAGAAUGGAGUGAUGGCAGACAAGGUUUUAAAACUAUUCUGGUCAUUAGCACAUAGUCCCGAAGUUCCACCAGAAGUUUUAGAUCAGGCUUUAGCUUCGCAUGUAAAGAUACUUGAUUAUAGCUGCUCUCAGGAUAAAGAUGCUCAAAAGCCAAUUUGGUUGAAUAAAUGUGUUGAAGAAUUGAAAUCAAACGACGAUUGGGUGCUGCCAGCACUAAGACUCAUUCGUGAAAUUUGUUGUUUGUAUGAGCCGACUCCAAAUCAUGUUCCACGCAUUCAUUCAAUGUCUAAUCGUCAACAUGUCAUAGAUCGUUUACAAAAUGAUCAUAUGCUCGUGAUUCUCGUAACCAAUAGCCUAACCAAAUAUAUGGAAAAAAUUCGUGAACUAGUUAGGACAAACAAAAAUUUGAAACCGAUGGAGAUUUUGCUCGAUAAACGUUAUCCACAUCCUCAGCAAAUUCAAGAACGUUUGGAUUUUCUCAAAUUCCUCUUAAAGGAUGGUCAAUUGUGGCUUUGUGCCGAUCAAGCAAAACAAAUUUGGCAAUGUUUAGCCGUUAAUGCUGCAUUUCAAAGUGAUCGUGAAGAAUGCUUUCGAUGGUUUGGAAAAUUAAUGGGAGAUGAGCCUGAUUUAGAUCCUGGAAUUAAUAAGGAAUUUUUUGAGAACAAUAUUCUUCAAUUAGAUCCACAAUUGUUGACAGAAAGCGGAAUUAAGUGCUUCGAAAGAUUUUUCAAAGCAGUCAAUUCAAAGGAAGAGAAAUUAAAGCAGAAACAUCGUGGGUAUGUUUUAGAUGACGAAGAUUUAAUUGGAAAGGACUAUUUGUGGCGUGUAAUUACAUUAAGUGGUGACGAGAUAGCAUAUAAAGCUAUUGAAUUGUUAAAAGAAGUGUCUACGGCGCUUGGACCACGCUUACAAGAGAAUAUAGCCGAGUUUCAUGAAAACUUCAUUAGUGAUUGUUGUGAUAAAAUAAGGAUAAGUUACGAUCGAAUAUUAAUGAUAAAGAAGGCACUUGAGGAGUCAUCAAAGGAGCACAAGGAGUUGGAAGCACGUAAAAUUAUGGAAGCAGAUGUUAUUUGCCGUAUCUUGCGAGUAAUGCAUGAAUAUAUAAAAGAAUGUGAUAGAGUGUUUACCGGCGAACGAAUGUGCUUGAGUCUUAGUCGUGCAUCACGCGGUAAGCACAUUUGUCUUUUUAUCCGAUUUCAAACGAAUGGACGUCAACUCGAUGAUAUUGAAGUAACAACACAUACAAAUGAAACAGUCAUAUCCUUUAAGCGAAAUCUAUUGAAGCGCUUAAAGGGAACAUCUAUAAAUAACAUAAAAAUUGACUUGUUUAAUAAUAAUGGAGAAUUAAUUGAAAUUUCUGACGAUCGUCAUCCUUUAUCAAUGUAUAAUAUUCGUGAUAAAACUGUAAUAAAUGUUAAGUUAUCGCCUUUGGGAACAGCUCUCGCUAGUUCACCAGACAGUUCAAGCUCGACAAGUUCAACUGGAUCUCCACCACGGCCAUGUUUAGAUUUACAAAGAACGGAAUCGGAAACAACAUUGCCAGGCGUCAUAAUUUCGACAAAACAUCAAUACACUGAAUUCUUUCUACAAAUUCAUCAAUUGGGAAGUGAAUUACAGCAUAAUAAUUUGCGUGAAUGUGCAAGAACUUUACUCCAUUUACUUCCAUUAGAUAGUCUGACUGUCUCGCAAAUUAAUCAAAUGUGCAUCAACAAGUUUUUUGGAAUGGGUGAAAAAUCUGAUAAUCAAAUGGGCGAUGGCUUACUUCCUGAAUCAUUGUUCUUGUCACCAGACGCAGCACACGUGUUGUAUAAUCUAGAAGUUCUACAAGCAUUAUUAAUGCCAGCAUUGGAUCCGCAUAGUGAUAGCACCAUGAGAUUACAAUUAGCAUGGCUUCAUUCGGGUGUGGCACAUUUCAUUUUGGAUUUGCUUACAAAGAAUAAUUUUAUGCCAAAAGCUGAUGUCUAUUGCAAACGUGCUGCCUAUCAAUGUGUUUUAAAAUUAGUUAAAUUAUUUCUAUUCAUUAUGGGUUAUGUAUUGAGUCGUGUUGGUGAUGAGCCACUUCCAAUGGAUGGUAUUCGUACUCAAGUUGAGAUUUUGAAGCAAACUUUGUCGACAAUUGUGUGUAAUUCUGAUCAUACAAUGAGAGCAAUUGCAUCUAAACUUGCACAAAACAUUUCCGAUGAAAUGCUGAGUGAGAGUCCAGAAGGAGAAAAUUGUCGAACACUUUUUGCAUCUGCAUUACAAUGGUCAUUACCGGAUGUAUCCACAUUAAAAUCUCUUGUACAUUUAUCAUGGGCUGCAUCAACAAGCUCAUUUCAUCUUUUAACGUCACCAAGUGAAUUGGGAAAUGAAAAUGGACUGCCAGAGGCAUUAGAUUUUGCCGUGUGUAAGGAGGCUUUAGAAGUUCUCUGUUUUGGUCUAGUAUUAAAUCAUAAUGGCUAUGAAGCAUUAAGUCGCGAUCCAAACUGGUCAAAUUUCAUAACAUCUCUUGUUCUAAUCAACGGAUCUCGUCACAUACGUCAAACUGCUAGUGAACAAAUUUUUUACAUGUGUACAUACUGUUCAAGUGACAAGCGUCCUUUUAUAUUUAUGGUGAAAUUACUGAUUGAAAUACUUAAGACAAAAGUAACAACAUACUCGGCAACGUGUAGUGAGUUCUUUCAAUUAUUUUGUAGAGUGCUUCGAUUCGGAUGUAGUUAUAGUUGGCCUCUUAAAACAUGUGAUAAUCUUUUGAUGCAAGAAAUUGAAUGGAUACGAUCGAUUCGCGAUAAUGUUAAACUGACUGGUGAAACUGGUGUUCACGAUGACUUACUAGAAGGAAGAUUAAAUUUAACUAAAGACCUAAUGUCUUAUUUAAGUUUUGAAGUUAAGCCACAACUUAGUAAUCUGAUUGUGGAGAUUGUCGAUGAUUUCAUAUUCCCCGCAUCUAAACAGUAUUUAUAUUACCGACGAAAAGCAAAUUUGCCCGAUUUGAAUGCUCCACCACCAGUAUGUCGAAAUCCACAUACAAUUUCAGCUGCUUGUGAUCUAUUGGUUGCUCUCUGCACCAAUUCAGUGCCCAACAUGAAAUUACUCGUCAACACAUUAUUGGACAUGUUCUGCUUUGAAGUAGAACCUUUACAAGAAUGGGAGUAUUUGCCAGCUGUUGGACCGCGUCUAAAAGGUGGAUUCUGCGGUUUAAAAAAUGCAGGAGCAACAUGCUACAUGAAUUCUGUUAUACAGCAGCUCUUCAUGGUUCCAUCACUUAGAUUAGGCAUUUUAGGAGCGUCUGGUGCAUGUAAUGAUCCAAACGAGGAUUUUAGUGGUGAAAUGGAAAAUAGAUCUGUUGGAAAUGAAGAGGAUAGCAGUGGGAGAAAAAGUUAUAAUGUUGGAAUUCUGAAACACGUGCAAGCAAUUUUCGCUCAUCUCAGUCAUAGUGCAUUGCAAUUUUAUAUUCCGAGAGGACUUUGGACUCAUUUUAAACUACAAGGAGAGCCUGUAAAUUUACGAGAGCAACAAGAUGCAGUUGAGUUUUUCAUGUCACUUUUUGAAAGCCUAGACGAAGGAUUAAAGGCUCUCGGACAUUCUCAAUUGAUGGGAGCAACUUUAGGUGGUUUAUUUAGUGAUCAGAAAAUCUGUCAAGAGUGUCCACAUCGAUAUUCUAAAGAGGAACCAUUUAGUGCAUUCAGUAUAGAUAUUCGAAAUCAUAGUUCAUUAACUGAUUCACUCGAGCAGUAUGUUAAGGGAGAACUUUUGGAAGGUGCUGAUGCGUAUCAUUGCGAUAAAUGUGAUAAGAAAGUUGUUACAGUAAAGCGAACAUGCGUACGGAAAUUGCCACCGGUACUUGCAAUACAAUUAAAACGUUUCGAAUAUGAUUACGAAAGGGUAUGUGCCAUAAAAUUCAAUGACUAUUUUGAAUUCCCUCGUUUUCUUGACAUGGAACCUUAUACAGUAUCUGGCUUGGCGAAAAUGGAAGGUGAAAUUGUAGAUCUUGAAGAAGGCGAAGAAGAAAGUCAACCAACAAAAUAUCAAUUAACUGGAAUCGUCGUUCAUUCGGGACAAGCAUCUGGAGGACAUUAUUAUAGCUACAUUUUACACAAAAAUGAAAAUGGUGCAGAGCAAUGGUAUAAAUUUGACGAUGGAGAAGUCAGCGAAUGUAAAAUGCACGAAGAUGAAGAGCUAAAAGCUCAAUGCUUUGGUGGUGAUUAUAUGGGAGAAGUUUACGAUAACAAUUUGAAACGGAUGCAAUUUAGGAGACAAAAAAGAUGGUGGAAUGCUUACAUGCUUUUUUACACGAGAAUCGACCAUAAUCAAACAAUUUACAAACCAUGUAUUGAACAGUUGUCAUUAGCUGAGAGUAAAAACUGCAUUUUGCCAAUGCCGGCUCCAAUUGAGAAAAGUCUUAGAUUUCAAAAUAUUCGAUUCCUUCAUGCUAGAAGUUUAUUCUCAUCGGAAUUUUUUGGAUUUAUAAGGAAUUUGGUGAGCUGUAGCAUUCCUGCGAGAAUAGAAAAAAUUACAUCAACUACUGAGGAACUGUCGCUGUUGUCUAUCCAGCUUGCAUCGCAAUUUUUAUUUCAAUUUGGAUUUAAGACUAAGAAAACUCUUCGUGGUGCUGCAAUAGAAUGGUUUGAAGCAAUCAGUCCACACAUAAGGCACUCAGUGUUAGUUCGACGAUGGUUCGCACAAAAUGCUCUCUUAAGUCCACCAAAUCGUUUGGCUGAAUACAUACUUGUUGCAUCGUCAUUGGAUAUUCGUACAAUUUUCGUGAAAAUUGUCGUUUUCUUUUGUCAUUUUGCUAGUCAAGAUGAACCACUCCCGAAUUAUGAUGGUUCUAAUUUAUGUGAACAAGUUCUUCAUGCUGUUCUAAAAUUGUUGAUCUUAGAAGCUUCAGAUUAUGGUAAACAUUUACCACAUUUCUUUAGCUUAUUCUUAACAUAUGCAGGAUUAGGCGUUCAUGAGCGACAUCAACUCUUGAAGCUCAACGUUCCUGCAAUAUUUAUGAAAGUUGCAUUAGAUGAAGGCCCAGGGCCACCAAUUAAGUAUCAGUAUCCUGAACUUCAAAAACUACAUCAAUGUGUAUCAAUUCUUGUAAGAUCUAGUGACAUCUCAUCGCGUUGCCAAAGUUCUUCGAGAGAUAUACCAAUAAAGCCAAACAUUUAUGUGGAUCCAAAGGUUCCAUAUGAUCAGUUGUUGCCGUUGUCUGGCGAAGCUGAGGAACUGCUAUUAAACCGAACAAGCUAUAUUAAAAAGCUUAUCGAAGACACGAAUGUCGGAGAAGAAGGCGUAAAAUUGUUGCAGUACUGCAGUUGGGAGAAUCCUCAAUUUUCACAAGCCUUACUUACUGAACUUUUAUGGCAUUGUGGUUUUGCGUAUUGGCAUGAUAUGCGUCAUCAUACAGAUUUAUUGUUGCACAUUCUACUGAUUGAAGAUUCAUGGCAACAUCAUAGAAUUCAUAAUGCAUUAAUAGGUUUCCCUGAAGAUCGUGAAGGCCUUCUUGAAACGAUCCAACGUAAUCGACUGAACUAUCAAAAAAGAGCUUAUCAGUGUAUAAAGUGUUUAGUUCAUCUAUUUCGAAAGAGUCCAGUCGCAUUGAAUAUGCUGCAUGGAAAUCCAACGAUAGCACAAGCAUGGUCUCAUGCUGUUGAAUGGCUUCACGAUGAGCUGGAAAGACAACGUGGUGUAGCUAGUCAAUAUAACUAUAGUUCGUGGUCACCGCCAGCUCAGUCUAACGAAAAUACCAACAGUUUUGUACUUGAACGAUCUCAAUCUGCUAAAAAUAUACUGCAAAUGGCAUUCGAACUCUGUCCAGAAGAGGAACAAGAGGAACCAAAUGACUCGGAAGUUGAAACAAAUGAGGAAUACCCACAGCAGCCAAACACAAAGGUCAUCAAAGAAACCACGAAUGAAAUUGUAUCAAAUUCUCCAUCUGUUACAAGCACUGAACCACAAUCAAGUAAUACUGAAGUGGCAACAGAUGAAGAAGCUUUAAAUAGAAUUACAGAAAAACUCGGUACAAUGAAGAUUCUAAAGACGCGUCAAGUUCAGGAAUGUGAAGAGGAAACGAGUAGCACAAUGACGAGUGCUACAAUACUAGAAAACGAUCUUCCUGAUUCGGAAAAUGAGAUUGGAAAAAUUGUCAAUAAUACAGUACAGCCAACAAACACAGUUCAGUCAGGAGUAGUAAAUCAAGAGCAAAAAUCAUAGGUUAAAGAAACGCUUAAAUCUUCUUGUCAUUUUGUUCUCUCGUGGUAUUUUAUUGUGGAACUUUAAAGAAAUAAAAAAAAAAAAAACAAAUCUUACAACAUUUUUACAGAAAUAUGAAAAAUAAUCAAAUCUUAAUUAAAUUAAAAAUCAAAAAAAAUGAAAGGAUAAGAAAAUAGCAUAGUUCAAGAAAAAUGAAGCUGAAUGAAGAUGAAAAAUUUUGAUGAAAAAUAAUACGGAUUUUUAUUAUUAAUUAUUUCAUAGACGACAAAAAAACAAAUAUUAUAAUUCCAUUAUAUUAACUCAUUUAUUUUUCUUUGAUUUCAUCAUUAAAAAUUAAAUCAUUCGGGAUUGCCUGACAUUGAACUAUUCAGCAUGUUAACUGAAAAUAAUAAAUUAUUUUUUUUUCGGUUCAAUUCAACUGAAUUUGAAUUCUCAAAAAAUAUAAGACUAGUGUGAAGUUCUCGUGAAAUUAGAUUAUAAAGUUCACUAAAUAAUGUCUGUUUGCUAAACUUUCUGACUGACUUCACACUAGACUGAAAAAAUAUAAAGGAUUGUUAAAUUUUGAUUUCUAUUAUUUGAAAUGCUAAAAUCCAAAAAUGCUACAACUGAUAAUAAUUAUAAAUUAUAAUAACAACAAUAAUAAAAUAUUUUAAAUUGGAA